AUGAUACGAAAGACGCUGCUGCCCAUCUUACCUAUGAUACGAAAGACGCUGCUGCCCAUCUUACCUAUGAUACGAAAGACGCUGCUGCCCAUCUUACCUAUGAUACGAAAGACGCUGCUGCCCAUCUUACCUAUGAUACGAAAGACGCUGCUGCCCAUCUUACCUAUGAUACGAAAGACGCUGCUGCCCAUCUUACCUAUGUUACGAAAGACGCUGCUGCCCAUCUUACCUAUGAUACGAAAGACGCUGCUGCCCAUCUUACCUAUGAUACGAAAGACGCUGCUGCCCAUCUUACCUAUGAUACGAAAGACGCUGCUGCCCAUCUUACCUAUGAUACGAAAGACGCUGCUGCCCAUCUUACCUAUGAUACGAAAGACGCUGCUGCCCAUCUUACCUAUGAUACGAAAGACGCUGCUGCCCAUCUUACCUAUGAUACGUAAGACGCUGCUGCCCAUCUUACCUAUGAUACGAAAGACGCUGCUGUCCAUCUUACCUAUGAUACGAAAGACGCUGCUGCCUAUCUUACCUAUGAUACGAAAGACGCUGCUGCCCAUCUUACCUUUGAUACGAAAGACGCUGCUGCCCAUCUUACCUAUGAUACGUAAGACGCUGCUGUCCAUCUUACCUAUGAUACGAAAGACGCUGCUGUCCAUCUUACCUAUGAUACGAAAGACGCUGCUGUCCAUCUUACCUAUGAUACGAAAGACGCUGCUGUCCAUCUUACCUAUGAUACGAAAGACGCUGCUGCCCAUCUUACCUAUGAUACGAAAGACGCUGCUGCCCAUCUUACCUAUGAUACGAAAGACGCUGCUGCCCAUCUUACCUAUGAUACGUAAGACGCUGCUGCCCAUCUUACCUAUGAUACGAAAGACGCUGCUGUCCAUCUUACCUAUGAUACGAAAGACGCUGCUGUCCAUCUUACCUAUGAUACGAAAGACGCUGCUGCCCAUCUUACCUAUGAUACGAAAGACGCUGCUGCCCAUCUUACCUAUGAUACGAAAGACGCUGCUGUCCAUCUUACCUAUGAUACGAAAGACGCUGCUGCCCAUCUUACCUAUGAUACGAAAGACGCUGCUGUCCAUCUUACCUAUGAUACGAAAGACGCUGCUGCCCAUCUUACCUAUGAUACGAAAGACGCUGCUGCCCAUCUUACCUAUGAUACGAAAGACGCUGCUGCCCAUCUUACCUAUGAUACGAAAGACGCUGCUGCCCAUCUUACCUAUGAUACGAAAGACGCUGCUGCCCAUCUUACCUAUGAUACGAAAGACGCUGCUGCCCAUCUUACCUAUGAUACGAAAGACGCUGCUGCCCAUCUUACCUAUGUUACGAAAGACGCUGCUGCCCAUCUUACCUAUGAUACGAAAGACGCUGCUGCCCAUCUUACCUAUGAUACGAAAGACGCUGCUGCCCAUCUUACCUAUGAUACGAAAGACGCUGCUGCCCAUCUUACCUAUGAUACGAAAGACGCUGCUGCCCAUCUUACCUAUGAUACGAAAGACGCUGCUGCCCAUCUUACCUAUGAUACGAAAGACGCUGCUGCCCAUCUUACCUAUGAUACGUAAGACGCUGCUGCCCAUCUUACCUAUGAUACGAAAGACGCUGCUGCCCAUCUUACCUAUGAUACGAAAGACGCUGCUGCCUAUCUUACCUAUGAUACGAAAGACGCUGCUGCCCAUCUUACCUUUGAUACGAAAGACGCUGCUGCCCAUCUUACCUAUGAUACGAAAGACGCUGCUGUCCAUCUUACCUAUGAUACGAAAGACGCUGCUGUCCAUCUUACCUAUGAUACGAAAGACGCUGCUGUCCAUCUUACCUAUGAUACGAAAGACGCUGCUGUCCAUCUUACCUAUGAUACGAAAGACGCUGCUGCCCAUCUUACCUAUGAUACGAAAGACGCUGCUGCCCAUCUUACCUAUGAUACGAAAGACGCUGCUGCCCAUCUUACCUAUGAUACGUAAGACGCUGCUGCCCAUCUUACCUAUGAUACGAAAGACGCUGCUGUCCAUCUUACCUAUGAUACGAAAGACGCUGCUGUCCAUCUUACCUAUGAUACGAAAGACGCUGCUGCCCAUCUUACCUAUGAUACGAAAGACGCUGCUGCCCAUCUUACCUAUGAUACGAAAGACGCUGCUGUCCAUCUUACCUAUGAUACGAAAGACGCUGCUGCCCAUCUUACCUAUGAUACGAAAGACGCUGCUGCCCAUCUUACCUAUGUAA